AUGGCCUCCUCCCCCCCCCCCAUCUACCCAGUACCAACACCAUGGGUGUCAAGCCUGGUCACCGUCAGGAAGCCAUCGGGAAAGCUGCGAAUUUGCAUUGACCCAAGGGACCUAAAUGAAGCCCUCAAGAGAAGUCAUUAUCCAGCACCGACGAUUGAAGACAUAAUCCCAGAGCUAAGUAAAGCCAAGGUGUUCAGUGUCCUUGAUGCCAAGAAUGGCUAUUGGCAAGUGGCCUUGGACGAAGAAAGCUCAGUUCUGACGACGUUCAACACUCCCAGUGGACGCUAUAAGUGGAAACGCCUUCCCUUUGGGAUUAAAUCGUCCCCUGAGGAAUUCCAGAGACGCCUGGACCAGACGUUAGAAGGUCUAGCAGGCGUGAAGCCCGUGGUGGAUGACAUCUUGGUCUGGGGAGAAGGAGAAACCCUGGCAGAAGCCACCUCAGAUCAUGACAGGAACCUGAGAAGCCUCAUGCAGAGAUGCAGAGAGCGCAAUCUGAAGCUGAAUCCAGACAAGGUCAAGCUCAGAGAGCAAGAGGUUCCGUUCCAUGGUCACCUAAUCACAAGCCAAGGGCUGAAGCUGGACCCCUCCAAAGUCACAGCAAUAACCAAGAUGCCCCGACCAACUGACGCACAAGGAGUGCAACGCCUGAUUGGUUUUGUGACGUACCUAGCCAAGUUCUUACCAAAGCUCAGCGACAUAUGUGAGCCUUUGAGAAAGCUGACUGUGAAAGACAGCGAGUUUGUGUGGCUGGACGCACACGAGAAGAUACUGGAGACCCUGAAGAAGAUGGUGUCCACGGCACCAGUGCUGAAGUACUACGACAAAACUGAAGAGCUGACGCUCCAGACAGAUGCAUCGAGCACAGGAUUGGGAGCAGCCAUCAUGCAGAAUGGCCAGCCUGUUGCGUACGCGAGUAGAGCUCUGACUGACUCGGAGACACGGUACGCACAGAUAGAAAAGGAGAUGCUGAGUGUAGUCUUCGGAUUGGAGCGCUUCCAUCAGUACACCUAUGGGAGAGACGUUCUAGUCCAGACAGACCACAAGCCACUCGAGAUGAUCGUACUGAAGCCACUCCAUGCAGCACCAAAAAGGCUGCAACGCCUGAUGAUGCGGAUGCAACAGUACCACGUGAAGAUCACGUAUAAACCAGGAAAAGAGAUGUACCUAGCUGACACGCUAAGUCGCGCAUACCUACCAUAUGACGGAAGAAGAAGCAAGACCGAGAUGGAUGCUGAGCAAGUGAACGCAAUCAGUGAGUUCAUCUCAACGCCAACGAUAGAAGAUAUUCGCGAGCAUACCAGCGGAGAUGCAGAUAUGCAGAAGCUGAUGCAGUACAUAAGAGAAGGAUUUCCAGAGAAGGGAAGAAUCCCGGCAAGAUUGAUGCCUUACUUUCACAUAAGGGAUGAGCUAACCCUCCAUGACGGGAUCGUGCUGAAAGGCCAACGUGCAGCAGUGCCACUGACGCUGAGAAAGAAGAUGUUGCAGAGGAUACACGCAUCACACAUGGGCAUUGAAGCAUGCCUGAGAAAUGCAAGAGAGUGUGUGUUUUGGCCCGGCAUGAACGCCGAAGUGAGAGAUUACGUCAGCAAAUGUGACGUGUGCCAAACUGUGGGCAGAAAGCAGCAGAAGGAAACACUACAACCACACCCGGUGCCGAAGAGACCGUGGGAGCGAGUGGGAGUAGAUCUCUUCCAGUUCAAAGACAGAGACUACUUGAUCACAGUGGACUAUUACUCAAAUUUCUUUGAGAUAGACACAUGCGAAAACACACGAGCCACUACAAUCAUAAAGAAGCUGAAGACGCAGUUCUCCAGACAUGGCAUACCGGAUGUAGUGUUCAGCGACAAUGGCCCACAAUUUGCAGCUGCUGAGUUCGAGAAGUUCACCCAUGAAUGGAACUUUACACAUCAGACGUCUUCACCAGGCUAUCCACAAAGCAAUGGGAAAGUGGAGAAUUCAGUGAAGACAGCCAAGCAGCUGAUGGAGAAAGCCUGGAUCGGGAACACAGACCCGUACCUCGCACUGUUGGAUUUCAGAAACACACCAACACAAGGAAUUGGUAGCAGUCCAGUACAGCGACUGUUUGCCAGAAGAACCAAGACAACAAUGCCAAUGAACACAGCAUUGUUGGAACCAGACGUGCCCAAGGAAAUCCCACAGAAGAUCCAGAAAGAGAAAGAAAAACAACGCCGCUACUACAAUAGGCAGGCGCGAGAUCUGCCAAGGUUGAGCAUCGGAGACACUGUGCGAUGUCAGCCACAUGGAACAAACACCAAUCGCUGGAAGAAAGGCACGGUGGUAGCAGAAGUAGGGAACCGAUCAUUUGAAGUAGAAACCGAAGAUGGAGGAGUGUACCGCAGAAACAGACGACAUCUGCGGAAGACACCGGAAACCCCACCAGCAACAGUGGGAACUGACGACGCUGACCAAGGAGAUGCUCCAGAACCAACGGUCAACGACGAACCAACAACAACGACGACAACACCACCAGCAGAGACAGCAGUGAAAGACGACACAGCUGGACAACAGAUGACAACACGGUCCGGACGAGCAGUUCGACCUCCAGUGCAUCUGAAGGACUACGUUCGCGAGUAA